UUUGCGAAACGAAUAUACGUAUACGUACGACUCUGUUCGCACUGAUCCAGGAAAAAUAUAUAGUCUGUGGUACGUAGUGUGUAUAUAAAUUUUAAGAAGCAUCAAAAUAAAAUUUACUUUCUAUCGAUAUAUCAUAGUAAAAAUAUCACAAUUAUUUUCAUCAAGAAAACGUGUUCAAUCGAAGCGAUAGUGAGUGUUUUAUCGGGAGUUUGAAUUAUUAAGACCAAAAGAAGAAAUUCAUGCGAAAUUGUGUCAAUUAUGUCACUGCAACCAUAAAAAACAUAACCAUAGAAAAGAGGAACAGAGAAACAAGUCUGGAGACUACGUGAGAACCUCGAAAAAAAAACUUCUCAAACUAAUUUUAUUGUUGACCUGUGUUUAGAACUUGAUUCGUCGAUUUUCAUCGAAAAACAAAGUGUUUGGAAACCCAUUGGAAAAAUUGCUAAAUAUUUUCGAUUGCGAACAGAAAGUGUGCAUACGUGAGAAGUGGAGAAAAAAAAUAACUUCAACAUAAGUGAGGACUGAACACACAAAGUUGUAUAUAAAUACUCACUAUACGAUAUACGACGACUAAUUUCGACGCAAUAAGAUAUUUUUUUUUGCUUUCGUCAAUUUUCCAUACGCUUGUUGUGACUUUUAUUUUUAAUUUUCUGUGAAGCCUUAGUUAAUUUUGUGGUAAAAAAAGUUUUUAUGUUCAUAAAUUGAUUUUUGUUGAAAAUUGCGAAUAAAGAAGUAAUAAUUGAAAGAAAAAGUUCAAGUAUCUCCCCAUCUCACACACUCUCUCAGCGAAUAUUUGUGUUCACAAUAUAAAUAAUAUAGAUAUAUAGUACAAAAACCAAGGAAAGCCACGACAAACUAACUUAUAUGUUAAAUAAGUGGAAUAUCAGUAUUCAAUAAAGUGCUUUUGUGUGCACAAAAAUCGAGUGUCUAAACCAGAUCAUAUUUUAAAGUGGAACCAUUUGCUGCGGCCAAGUCAAGACCAAGUUGCAAAAGAGACAUUUCGCCACCAACAAAAAUAUUUUCAUUUUACACAGAAGAGUAUCGAACAGUGAAUUUAUGUCAGCAUGAGCUCUGAUCCUAGUCCAGCUACAUUGCAGCAUUCUUCAACUACGGAAACGGAAAAGGUAUUUCAAUGGAUCAACGAAUUGUCGAAUCCAGAUACGCGCGAAACGGCUUUGAUGGAGUUGAGCAAGAAACGUGAAAGUGUUCCAGAUCUGGCGCCAAUGCUAUGGCAUAGCUUUGGCACAAUCGUUGCAUUGCUUCAGGAGAUCAUCAACAUCUAUCCAUCAAUAAAUCCGCCCACACUCACUGCCCAUCAAUCCAAUCGUGUGUGUAAUGCCUUGGCCCUGCUGCAGUGCGUUGCAUCGCACCCAGAAACGCGAUCCGUUUUCCUAAAUGCUCAAAUUCCAUUAUUUUUAUAUCCAUUUUUGAAUACAACAUCAAAAACGCGACCAUUCGAAUACUUACGGCUCACUAGUCUCGGUGUCAUAGGCGCUCUUGUGAAGACUGACGAAGAAGAAGUGAUCACAUUUUUGCUGAGCACCGAAAUUAUUCCAUUAUGCUUGCGGAUCAUGGAGUCCGGUUCAGAGUUGAGCAAAACCGUGGCGACAUUCAUUUUGCAGAAGAUCUUGUUGGACGAAAAAGGCCUGUCAUACAUUUGCCAAACGUUUGAACGUUUCUCACAUGUUGCAAUCAUUUUGGGCAAGAUGGUUAUUCAUUUGGCCAAAGAACCAUCUGUUAGACUGCUUAAGCAUGUAGUUCGUUGUUAUUUGCGUUUGUCGGAUAACCAACGAGCUUGUGAAGCCCUGCAGCAAUGUUUGCCCGAUCAACUUCGUGAUUCAACUUUUGCCGCAUGCUUGCAAGAGGAUAAGUCAACAAAGCACUGGCUGUCAUUAUUGAUUAAAAAUGUGGAUACUUAUUCGAUUAAUCCACGACAAGUUGGCAUAUCGCCAUUGGCCUCAUAAAAACUCUCUCUCUCUAUCUCUGCCGAUUUUCUAUCAUAAACGAAAUUCUAUGUGUGGUCCAGAAACUCCACUGCAGCAGCAAUUAGAAUAUUAUUAUCACGGAACCAUGUUAAACAAAUUUAAAGAGAUUUUAAGAACAAAAAACACACAUUUGCAUUAAACAAACAAACUUACAAUAAUUCAAAGAACACAACAACAACAACAGAAAACACCAGUGGCAUUACAAAUUAGAUGGCUUUGAAUAAUGUUUACUAUUUGAGACUGCAUCAGAAUGAAGAGAAUGUUACAAAAAAAGAGUAAGAAAACACUAGAUACAUGGUACCUAAAUUUUGAAAUUGAAUUUGAAGUUGUACUGGUUUAUAUUAUUCGUGAUUUCAUUCGGCCGAAUGUUGUCAACCAAUCAUAUUUUAUCUCAAAUCAAAAUUGAACAAAGAUAGAAAAUGUAAUGAAUCGAAAUCGAAAUGCUAAUAGGAAGGAAAACAAAAUAUUAGAUUCCACACAAAUUCUUAAUCAUAAAUUAAUUAAAAACAAAAACCUAGCGUGAAAAUGGAUCAAGAUUGCUCUGCGAUGUAAUUACUAAAUUUUACUAAAGAAAACAAAACUUAAAUUGUUUAUUUUACGUUUUAAAAUAAGCAAAAAUCAGAAGAAAAAAAAUAAACAACAAAAAACAAUGUUGGAAAUGUUCUUAUUAGCACUUAAAAAUUUAAUGUAAUAUUUAAUCGAUGUGGAUGAUACAUGUAAAUUAGCCGUUAAGCUUAUUACAACAAUUUCCGUACAUUUUUGUAAAUUAAUAGAAUUAUUUUAGAAACUAACAAAACAUAUUUUAUAUUGAGGAAUUAUCGACAACAUUUGUUUCAAUUAAAGAAAAUUCAUAAAAAUCAAA